AUGACAAGGAUCGACGAGAGAGGCUCUGAUGAUAAUACUGCUAUGGAUACGGUAGUAGCCAAAAAAAGCAAUGGUCGCGUAACAGUGAAGGAAUUGAAUCGCCUCAUCUCAGACGUACAAGAAUAUCCAUUGGAACCUGAAAGCAAUUGGUAUGUUGUGAGCAAUGCUUGGUGGACUAAAGUGCUUGAAGCAGCCAGACAAGGCUUCGUCGACGAUAUUCCAGCUAUUAAUAACUCCACAAUUUCAUGUAAAACCGGCGAUGCAUAUUUUUUGCGGGCAAACCUAGCCGAAUCAGUCGAUUUUCAUCUUCUUCCGGAACCAGUUUUCAACCGUCUGAGAGAGGUUUAUGGUCUAGAAAUGGUCGACCGCGAUUACAUUUGUCGGAAAGUGAUUUCCAGAAACGGAAAACCAGUGGUGGAGGUUUAUCCUCGUGUGGUAAUGGUGCGAACUAAUCUCUUCAGUGCAAUAAAAGUUUACCUGGCGCGGGAUGCUUCUAGGUCUUGCGAACUCCGCCUAACAGGAAGUGACACUUUACUGGACCUACGAGAUCGUGCUUUGAAGUCGCUAGGAGUUUCCUCGGUCCCUCCAGAGAAACUACGUUUCUAUAUUGCUCACGGUGAUAAGUACGAGUUGAUAGAUAUUUCACAACAAAAUAUUGACAGUUAUUUUGAUACAGCUCAGAAGGUUUACGUGGAUGUUUGCAAUGCAGAUGAUAAAUGGUUCAUAAACAACGAAAAGCACAGUAAUUCGAAAACCACGGAUUAUCCAUCAAAUUCGGUGUCUUCAUAUUCGCUGUCAUGGUGGUCCCUGCUAUUUCGUACCUACCGAUACCUAACGAAUUGGCGUUGGCUCUAUGCCAUCAUUGCGUACAUAGUUCGUCUUCAUUGGGCUCCUAUCAGAUUUUACGAGUCUACGCGUGAUAAAAGUGGAAAUUAUGUGAAAGGAGCUUGUGGUCUGCAAAAUCUUGGCAAUACUUGUUUCAUGGCUUCUGCCCUUCAGUGUUUGUCCAAUGUUCCGGAGUUGACUUGGUAUUUCCUGUCUAAUAGAUAUGUCGCUGAUAUAAAUGAAAGAAAUCCCCUUGGUACUCGAGGGGAAUUAGCUCGUGCAUAUGGCGAUCUUCUUCACAAUAUGUGGUCAGGAGAGAACUGCAGCAUCGUACCUCGCAAAGUCAAAUUCACCAUUACCAUGGCGACUUCAACAACUGUACAAGAUGCGAUCAACACUAUGAAGAAUUCUUUGCAAAAUAUCGGGAAUGAUUUUACGGGAGAGAUUGUUGUAUAUUCUAUCGGUUUUGGAGAAUUAUCAGACGAAGUACGGUUACUAGAUCCUGCAGAACCAAUCUAUAUCGAAGAUAAAAAUCAGUCUUUAUACGCAUGUCAAGUUGAUCACAAUCCUAAUACACAUAAAGUAGUUGUUAUAAAAAAUCAAACGCAAACAGGGCGUACACUAUCGUUACCAAUGGUGUUUACCCUUCCCAACUCUGACUACCUCACUAGAAGCUUUCUCGCCAAUCGCAUAUUGCCUUUCAUCUCAGACACGUUCAUGAAGUCGCCUUUAGAACUUUGCUUAUACGAAGAGGAUGCGAAGCUUGCAGAGGAGCGUGAGCAAUACAAGCUGUUUGUCAUGCACGGGGUCAAUGCGGUUCCGUUCCCGACAGCUCCCGACGAGCCUGUGCCAUGGCCGGGAGGUCUUCCCAUGCACACAGUUGUUUUUCAGUGGAAGGAUCCUCACUUAAUGUGUUUUUUCCAGAUACUCAUCAUUCAUUUGAAAAGAUUCCAGUACAGUAAAUGGCAUCGCGACAAAAUUGAUAUUCCUGUUGUUAUUCCCGUAAAAGGAUUCGAGCUGAACUCAAAGUUAGCAAAUGAGAGGCACGAACAUGUGAAGUAUGACUUGAUAGCUAUUAGUCAUCAUGUUGGCGGUCUGGGAGGUGGUCAUUACACUGCUUCUGCUUUGAACAAGACAACCGGAAAAUGGUAUGAAUUCAACGACUCAUGCGUCUCAGAAACUGCUGCUCCAUCUGAUCCAACAGUUGGUCGAACACCCUAUAUGCUUGUUUAUCGACGUCAAGAAAUUACGACCGAUGUUUCAUCGCCUGAUGCGAAUGUCGAAGAAGAAAUGGAAGAAUAG